GAACCUUCCAUCCCACAACCUCCCCUCCAACUCAAAUUCUAUAUAUUUCCUCAAAUUCCACAACCUCCCAAUUCCUCAACCCUUAUCCUCCUCCUUCAUCGCCUCCCCCGCAUGGCGACUGAUCACGCCGACCAGACCGGCAUCAAAUACGAAGAGGAGUUCAUAAAAAACCCUCGUGGCCUGAAGCUCUUCACCUGCAAAUGGCUGCCGGAAAACAGAGACCCCAAAGCUUUAAUAUUUAUGUGCCACGGUUAUGCGAUGGAGUGCAGCAUAUCGAUGAGAGGCACGGGAAUGAGGUUAGCAAAAGAAGGGUAUGAAGUUCAUGGCAUAGACUAUGAAGGGCAUGGCAAGUCCUCCGGCUUACAAGGCUUUGUUCCGAGCUUUAAGAAUAUCAUAGACGAUUGCUUCGAGCAUUUCGUUAGCGUUUGCGAAAAAGGCAAAAAUAAGAAUAAGGCGAGGUACUUGCUCGGAGAGUCUAUGGGAGGAGCCGUGGCCCUUCUACUUCAUAGAAAGCAACCUUCCUUUUGGAACGGGGCUAUUUUAGUAGCUCCGAUGUGCAAGAUUGCUGACGAGUUGAAGCCCCACCCGAUGGUCAUUAGCAUCCUGAGUCGAUUGAGCAAUGUAUUUCCGACGUGGAGAAUUGUUCCUAUGCAAGAUAUCAUCGAUGUGGCAUUCAAAUCCAUGGAAAAGAGACAAGAGAUUCGGGCGAACCCGUUAUGCUACAAAGGGAGGCCGAGGCUGAAGACGGCUCAUCAGCUGCUCAUGGUGAGCUUGGAGAUCGAGAAAAAUCUUAAUCAGGUUUCUUUGCCCUUCUUGAUCGUUCAUGGCGGCGACGACAUUGUGACUGAUCCAUCGGUUAGCAAAUUGCUCUACGAUACGGCGUUGAGCAAGGACAAGACAUUCAAGCUCUACCCGGGAAUGUGGCACGCCCUCACUUCCGCCGAGCCGCCGGAGAGUAUCGAUCUCGUCUUCUCCGACAUCAUUGCUUGGCUCGAUGAGAGGACAUUGACUUCAUCGGAGCACUUGAGGUCGUCGGAGAUGGAGCAGAAGGCGAUGCACGACGGGCUGUUGUCGGGCAAGAAUAUCUGACUUGUUAGAUGAAGUUUAUCUAACAUUUUCUUUUCAAAUUCCACUCAUAAUUCAUAUUGAAAUAAAAAUAACAGCAAGUUGAUGGUCU